UUUUUUUUUUAUUCUUACUCUUGCAACUUUUUUUUUUCUUUCCCGACCUCUUACGUCUUUUUCUCCCAUCAUUUUCGCUCUCCUCUAAAGCCCCUUUACAUUUUCCCUUUGUGCGUCUCGUCACUAUUGAUUACCGGCGUUGUUAAUGUCUGCAAAGGUCGCACCCGCAGGUCUAAAGUCGAUGGAUUCUACGACCUCAAAUGAUCGAUUGUGGGAAGUUGUCGAGAUUCAGCGAGUAAUCAUUCAAAAUUUGGAGGAAGCACUUGCUAAAGCAACCACCGAUCUCGCCAGGGUGACAAACGACCUUGUCAAAGUAACGACCGAUCGCGAUCAUUUGCUCAAAGUCCGAGAAAAUAGCAUACACCAAAAUGGAUUUGUUGUACCACAUUGCAGUACUCCAAUGACAGCUUCAACAGCAAAGGGUGUCGUCGACGACAUGUCGCAUGAGGGAAUGUCACGAUCGUCUGUGGAAGUCAUGGUUGACAUGCCGAGCUCCAGUCCCGUUCCGCCCCCACGCUCUCCUUUCCGACAAAAUACAGCCAAAGACCAAUAUGCACAUAAACUUAUUGUGGAUGCUGGAACCACCACUACUACUACUACUACUAAAUCUACUAUUAUGCCUAGCCAUGACGAUAAUGAAAAUUUCGAUCUUUCAGACAUACAAUUUCCUCAAAGUCCUUCCACGAGCAGUAGCGAUACCCCGAUUUCUCCUGUCAAUAUUACUGUGGAUAAAGAUGCUCAAUUGUUCCUGAAACAUCAAGAAAUGCAAACAAAAUCUGGACGCCCCACGACACCUCGAACUAGGAAAAGCUCGACGCAGGCUUCGGUGAUGCAACAACGUGUUCCAGCACUUCAUGCAGGAAGACCUGUGAUACUCCGAAAUUCUACCCCUUUCAACAGCAGUGACCCAGCAAAAGACGCUCUCCAGCUUGCAUCCUUCUCAAAUACUAGCUCAGAUGAGGAUCGCUCUUCGGAAGAAAUUAAUGACAGUUAUUCAACGGCGGAUCCCAUGGCGCAUAUCACCGUUACCGAUCUGCACAUCAAAGUGGUCGGCUCCAAUAUCACCGUAAAUCAUAAAGGCAAAGAAGUGGUGGCUUUUUUGUUAUCUGUCAGACAAAAAAAGGCCGAUCCAGCAGAAGAACCACAAGAGUUAUGGUGCGUGCAAAAAUUCUAUUCCGAUUUUUUGGAUCUCGAUAAUCAGCUUAAAGUACGGAGCCGAUCAUCUGCAGGCAAACCGGGCAAAUUACCUGAUAAAGCAUUAUUCACUACUUAUGCGCCAAAUAAAGUCGAUCAGAGAAAAAUGGCCAUUGAAAAAUACCUGCAAUACGUUAUCAACAUGUCGUUGCAUGAUACUACUGAAUUAUGCCGCUUUAUUUCCUCCAAUAGAGUGGAUACACAAAAUACCGUAAACAUGAUAUCUGGCCAUCGUCAAGGCUACCUCACUAAACGGGGCAAGAGUUUUGGCGGUUGGAAAUCGCGCUAUUUCGUUCUCGAUGGCCCAAUUCUCAGAUAUUAUGACAUGCAAGGAGGAUCAUUACUCGGCGUCAUACACCUCAGUGAAGCACAAGUUUGUCGGCAAAACUCUCCUCCGUCAUCGGCAAAUGGACCUGUGCAACAGCACAAACACGCCUUCAUGAUCUUGGAGCCUAAAAAAUCCGUCGCCAAUGGUGUGCAUAAACACUUGCUUUGUGCAUACUCGGAUACGGAGCGUGAUGAGUGGAUUGAAGCUUUGAAUCACUAUGCCAAUCUCGGAUUGCUACGACAGGAAACCAAACGUAAAGUCUCCAAAGAAGAUAUCAAGCCUAUCAGUGCGAUGCCUAUCAGCCAACUUUCCAGCAUAGACUAUGCUGGAAAAUUUUCUACCAAUAUAUCCCCUGCCAUGUUGCCUUAUUAUCCGCCACGAUCCAACUCGGACUCUUCCAUUCAUCCAUGUGAAUCUACUAUUUCUGACUCGUCUAUUCCUUCUUCCACAGCAUUGCUCGAUAUGGACUCUCCUCCGCUUUUGCGUCAACGAUCAAGCAUGGAUCAUCCCUUCUUCUUUUCACAACAGCACCAAACGCACCAUUCCUCGACUUUUACUUCUGACUUUCCUUCUUAUGGUACUCCAACACAUGAAUCAAUAUCCGGUCCUGUAUCUCCUUGCACUACACCUACAUUAGAGGAGGAAACCAGCCUAGAGUGUGAAGGGCGAAAAACAAAGCAGAAAGCCAACCGACGCACGUUCUGGUCUAAAAAAAUAUUCACCGGUUCCAGUAACGAUACAUCCGGCGCGGUGCCUACAGGUGGUUUGCGAGGAUUUUUAACAAGGAGUUCCCAUGACAGCAAUGCCGAUCAAACCAGUGGAUUGGCGCUUCCGUUGAAACGUCGUCAAAAGUCCGUGGUUGAAGCCAAUAUAAAAUCACCUAAUCAAGUAUUCGGUGUUCCGUUGAUGGAAGCCGUCCAAGUCUGCAGAACCUCUGAGACAUGCGAACUACCAGCCAUUGUGCAUCGAUGCAUCGAAUACCUCGAAGCGAAAAAUGCAACUCGCGAAGAAGGCAUCUAUCGACUGAGCGGAAGUGCCACCAAAAUCAAAUCGCUCAAACAAAAAUUCGACGAACUCGGCGAUUACGACCUGCUGGCAUCUAACGAGUAUCACGAUAUCCAUGCCAUUGCUGGUCUUUUGAAAAUGUGGCUUCGUGAACUUCCGGAAAACGUUCUCACACAGAAGCGACUACGAGAAUUCCUGGCAGUUAUUGUCGAUAGGCAAGAGCGAGUGAACGAGCUAGGGAGAUUAGUAUCCCAGUUACCGAUUGCAAACUAUUGGCUUCUACGAGCCUUGACAGUUCAUCUGAUUCACGUAGUGGAAAACUCGGAUAUCAACAAAAUGACGGUUCGCAAUGUUGGUAUCGUCUUUUCACCGACCUUGGGAAUCCCCGCCGGCAUUUUUAGUUUAUUCUUAAGCGAAUUCGAUUACAUCUUCUAUACGGACAAUGCCACCGCGACUGAGUCUGCAAAGUCCGACUCCGAGUUGCUGACACCUGAAUAUGCAUUAGAUUUGCAUCCGACUCAACCAUUACCAACGCAAUCCACCGAUCAUGCCGUUGGUUCUCAACGCAUACAUCAAAUUGUUCGCGACGAAAAAGGACGCAACAAUCGCAACAGCGUGCAUUAUAUGGAUGGCGCGCCACAGUCUAUUGUAAAUCUUGAGGCGCAGCGAAGUGGUAAUAUUGUGGAUGAUGACGAAGAGGUCAAUGACCUGGAUUUACCAAUGGAAGAUCCAGCUUUAAUCAGUGAUGAUGACGAAGAUAACCUGUAUUCAGUAUUUCCUGACUCUUCAACCUGCACUCAAGCACCCUAAUUACUGUUAUCUUCCUGAAUGUAUUUUACAAAGCUUCCCUAUAAUCAAUCCCUCAUUUUAGCCCUCUUACUCUCCUCCAAAGAAGUUAUCUGUUUGUCCGUCUUUACUGUCAUAAACUGAACGUUACAUAUUAAAACUUCAUACAAUUCAGAAAGGC